AUGUCCGCCGCAGUUGUGUAUGAGGGAGUGCCAGGCGCCCAAGGCACUCUGUUUCAGGGCAAAAGGUUCUGGGUGGCACGGCUAGUUCCCGACAGAAAAACAAUUCUGGAUUUGAUCACGCAAAAUGGCGGCAAAAUCGUUCCAUUAGAAAAGCACGCCGACUUUCUCAUAGUGGAUCAAAAGAGAAACAAUUAUCCGCCUGAGUCACUCUCCUGGCAGUUUGUUAAAGAUUCUGUUAGGUACGGUGCUGUCCAGGAAGAAGACAAGUACAGAAUUGUCCAAUCCCCAGCUGCUACUCGUCCUGUAGGGUCUUCCAAGCCAGUCAAGAGCACUCGUACUGCAUAUACUUCUGCUGACGACGCUCUUCUUGCACAUUGGGUCCUUUCUCACCAUAAACCGAGUGGAAAUGAGAUUUAUCAAAAACUUGAAAGCACUAACAAUCGCCAUACAUGGCAAUCUUGGAGAGAUCGGUGGGUAAAGAAGCUAUCAAAACUGUCCCCAGCUGUUCUUGAGGAGAUGGCUGCUCGUGUGCCUGAGCGAAAAUCUCCAACUUCAUCUUCACCAUUGGCUUCCCUUCCCAAACAAAAUACCCAAUCCGCAAAGUGCAAGUUACCCGCCUCAGUCUCACGGUCGAACAUUCCACCUCUAGUAGCUCCGCAGGAGAGACCUGCUGUCGGGGGAUCAAAUAAGCAUUUUGAUAGUAGCCCAGCAGCCGAAGAUAACUUUGACGAGCAAGACGAUGAGCUACUGCUUGGUAGUGUCCUGGAGCUUGAACGACACGGCUCCAGACCCAACAUCAAUUUCUUUCAAGAACUUGCCAAAAAACAUCCACAUCAUUCCAUAUCAUCUUGGCAAAGAUAUUGGGCAAAAGUAGAGUCACAACUGAGGAGAGAUUUUGCCCAGAGUAGUCUAUUAGCCGCUAAACAUCCUGUCAACGCCACGCAUGAGCAAAGCAGCAUCGCAAGCUCUUUCCACCGUGGGCAGAGCGAGGAAUACAUCGCCUCCCCUGGUUCACACAACCAGGAUAUUGAUGUAGUAUCAGCUGUUGGCACAGCCACGUACACUGAAUCCAGGAACCCACCAGCACCGGAAAGUCAGGACCAGCAUGAUGAUGAGGGCGCGGAAAUUACUGAGGAGGAAGAAUCCCAAGGCAUGACAAGGAAGGAAUUUUACGACUUUUUCGAAGUUUGGAAGACGCAUUCCAGCUUUGUCGAGCCUCAGAUUUCCGGCCAGCCCUUCGACAUAUGGCUUCUUUGGAGGGCUGUUCGGGCUGUGUAUGCUCGAGGAGGUACCGAGCCUGAUUGGGACAUAAUUGCCGGAGAAAUGGGAUUUCCUCGUGAAACCUCCGAAGUAUUCCGUCAGUUCUACAGCCAGAGUGCGCAAGGAUUUUUUGCCACCUUGCCUAGCGAGGACGAUAUAACCAAUCGAAGCGAAGACGGCAAUCAAGAAGAAGGCCAUGGCUAUGGUGACGGUGGAGCUUCACAGCAUCAGCUGGAGGAGGAGGAACCAAUAACGGAUGAUGAGAUUCGUAUCUCGCUGCCGACCGGCACACCUGGGUCGUCAAGGAAAAGACAGGCCACUCACGCGGAGUUUCCUGGUCUGUCUUUGACCCCAAACGGCAGAAAGAAACGAUCGCGACUGGGUCCGAACGAUGAAAUACCCUCGACGCCAGAAGAGAAGCUGGGGCUUGCUAGCUUUGAUGGCUUCGGCGUUAGUCCUUCGCUCAGCAUGAAGAGAACGUCGCCGCCAGCCUCUGCCAUCAUGAAGAGAUCCGAAGGAAAUGGAGAUGUAUUUGGGAGCAAAACUCGUCGCCUGGAGCCAGAAACGCAAGAUUUCGGCUUUGACGAUGAGAAUCCUGCUCGAGGAAUGUCUCAGGAAAAUGAAGAGUUUGAUAUUUCGCCGUCUCAGCAGCUUUUCAAUGAUUUACAAGCGGUGACCCCCGUUCGCUUAUCCUAUAGCAGAGAGGGCGGCCAACUGUCCCAGCGCAGUGAGGUAGCAGGUCAUAGGCCUGAAGCGUCUCUUACUAUAGGCGUUGAAGGUGUUCAGGACAUUUCUCGCCGGGAAGGCGGUGGGGAGGCAGAGUCUGAGUCCCAAGAAGGAGCAAAGAUUGCCGCCAUUGACGGUUUCAUCAAGAGCUUUGAGGGAUUCGGGUACUCACAUGAUCAUGUUCUAACUGCACUCAUGUCGACAUCCCUCUGUAUGCCGCUGGCCACAUCUGUCUUGAAGUAUAUGAAGGCACACAAGUCCAUUCCCAGAGACUGGGAAGGGGUUUGGACUGAAAAUGACGACGAAAGGCUUAGACGCGUGGAUAGCGCAGGCCCAUUGUCUAAGGAUAAUGCUCAGCGUGCGAAGCUGAGGAAGUACUGGGAUUUCCUGGUACUCAAGCACACACAACGUCGAAUCGAGCAGAGGAGAGAGUUCUUUGCGUACAUGGACGAAGUUGAACAGAGCUCGCUAUGA